AUGGUGGAAAUAUUCGCAGAGCGGUAUCUACGAACACCUAACGCUAACGAUAUUGCUAGGCUACUCUAUAUUGGAAAAAAACGUGGUUUUCCAGGAAUGUUAGGAAGUCUUGAUUGUAUGCAUUGGAAAUGGAAAAAUUGUCCAACAGCAUGGUCUGGGCAAUACACAGGACGUAGUGGGUCACCAACUAUUAUCCUCGAAGCUGUGGCAGAUUAUGAUCUUUGGAUAUGGCACGCAUAUUUUGGUAUGCCAGGCACCAAUAAUGAUAUCAAUGUGCUGGAGUCAUCUAAUCUUUUCUCUAACCUAGCUCAAGGUAUUGCUCCUCCCGCUCACUAUGUUAUUCAAGGAAAAGAGUAUAAUAUGGGUUAUUAUUUAGCUGAUGGUAUAUAUCCGAAAUGGGCUACUAUUGUACAAACAAUCCAACAGCCACAAGGUAGGAAGAAAAAAUAUUUUGCCAUGAAACAGGAAGCAUGUAGAAAAGAUGUAGAACGUGCGUUCGGAGUUCUCCAAUCACGAUUUGCAAUCGUGGCAGGAUCAGCACGUUUUUGGAAAAAACAUGUAUUACAUGACAUAAUGACUGCAUGCAUUAUUAUGCACAAUAUGAUAAUCGAGGAUGAACGUGAUCUUUAUGCACCAAUUCAAGAAGUGAGGGAAGCACCAAUACCAGAAGUUGAUAUGGUAGCAGAUGAAACUACAAGAUUUACUCAAUUUAUUGCACGUUACGGAAAAAUCAAGGAUAAAGAUGCUCAUAUUGCGCUUCGUAAUGCAUUGAUAGAUCAUCUAUGGGAGGAAUACACUAAUUCAGAUAGUUAA